ACAGAAGAAGAGCAGGCUGGAGUUUCUUUGGGGAAACAGCGCCCCGGUGCCGUCAGACUGCGCAUGUGCGGAGUCAGCGCGUGACCGCGGCGCGUGCCUGAUGCUGAGCAGCUGACCUGUUUCCUGCGGUCGCCUCCCUGUCCUCCUCUGCAGGUGUGCGCAGUUUUAACAUGACCGCAGAGUUUCUGCGCAACAUCUGCGCCUCCACGUGGCGCGCGCCACCUUCCAGCCGCUGAUCGGAACCGGAUCCAUCCGAACAUGGCCGUGCUCGGUCCAGGAUCCGCUUCGCUUCGGUUCGGCUCGGUCCUCCUGAUUGUCCUGAUCCUCUGCGGUUCUUCCUGGACCAGAGAUGUCCUCACAGGACGCAACGACACCAGGCCAGAACCGAACCGGGAGCAUCACGACCAGGACCAGGAUCAUGCACCCAACGCCACGAAACACAAGAAGGCUUUCCCCGUCCUCGAGUUGAACUACGAUUAUGUCCGGAUGCCGUUUGAGAUUUCCCUGUGGAUCCUGCUGGCGCUGCUGAUGAAGCUGGGUUUCCACAUCAUUCCCAGAGUUUCCCACAUCGUUCCAGAGAGCUGCCUGCUGAUCUUCGUCGGUCUGCUUGUUGGCGGCGCCAUCAAAGCGAUCCAAGAGAAGGCGCCGGUCAUGGACACCAAGCUCUUCUUCCUCUACCUGCUGCCGCCCAUCAUCCUCGACGCCGGCUACUUCCUGCCCAUCCGGGCCUUCACUGAGAACAUGGGCACCAUCCUGGUCUUCGCUGUGGUGGGGACGCUGUGGAACGCCUUCUUCAUCGGCGGGAUGAUGUUCGCCGUGUGCCAGAUUGAGGCCGCCGCAGCCGCCCAUGUUAGCCUGCUGUCCUGCCUGCUGUUCGGCUCCAUCAUCUCGGCCGUGGACCCGGUGGCGGUUCUGGCCGUGUUCGAGGAAAUCCACAUCAACGAGCUGCUGCACAUCCUGGUGUUUGGAGAGUCGCUGCUUAACGAUGCGGUCACGGUGGUUUUGUAUCACCUGUUUGAGGAGUUUUCCCACGCAGAAACUGUUACCGUUGGCGACGCCUUCCUCGGUGUGGUCUCUUUCUUCGUGGUUUCGCUCGGCGGCAUCCUGGCAGGUGUCAUCUACGGCGUCCUGGGUGCCUUCACGUCCCGCUUCACCUCGCACUCCCGCGUCAUCGAGCCGCUGUUCGUCUUCCUCUACAGCUACAUGGCGUACCUCUCCGCAGAGGUCUUUCAUCUGUCUGGGAUCAUGUCUUUGAUUGCCUGUGGCGUCGUCAUGCGGCCGUAUGUGGAGGCCAACAUCUCCCACAAGUCCUACACCACCAUCAAAUACUUCCUGAAGAUGUGGAGCAGCGUGAGCGAGACGCUAAUCUUCAUCUUCCUCGGGGUUUCCACAGUGGAAGGCCCUCACAACUGGAACUGGAUCUUUGUGAUCUUCACCCUCAUCUUCGCCCUCCUUUCCAGAGUGUUGGGAGUCGUUGGCCUCACCUUCAUUAUAAAUAAAUUUCGUAUUGUGAAGCUGACCAAAAAGGACCAGUUCAUCGUGGCCUACGGUGGCCUGCGAGGUGCAAUUGCCUUCUCUCUGGGAUACCUCAUACAUGAAGAUGGGGACAGCAAAAACACGAGGGGCAUGUUCCUCACCGCCAUCAUCACAGUUAUCUUCUUCACCGUCUUUGUGCAGGGGAUGACCAUCAGGCCUCUGGUGGAGCUGCUGGCAGUGAAGAAGAAGAAGGAGAGCAAACCGUCAAUAAACGAGGAGAUUCACACUCAGUUCCUGGACCACCUGCUUACAGGAAUCGAAGACGUCUGUGGACAUUACGGACAUCAUCACUGGAAGGACAAGCUGAAUCGCUUCAAUAAGACGUACGUGAAGAAGUGGCUGAUCGCAGGCGAGCGCUCCAGCGAGCCGCAGCUCAUCUCCUUCUACAACAAAAUGGAGAUGAAGCAGGCCAUGAUGCUGGUGGAGAGCGGGAGCGCCGCCAAGCUGCCCUCCGUCAUGGCCGCCGCCGACCAAAACGCGGAGCAGCAGAGAGAACCGAAACCAGAGCGAAUGAUCCCCAAGAUCUCAAAGACCCGCGAAGCCGAGAUCCGCCGGAUCCUUCGGGCCAACCUGCAGAACACGCGGCAGAGGCUGCGCUCCUACAACAGACACGACCUCUUCAUGGACCCGUUUGAGGACAACAUGAGCGAGGUCCGCUUCCGGCGGCAGCGGGUCGAGAUGGAGCGGCGGAUGAGCCACUACCUCACCGUUCCGGCGAAGCGACAGGAAACGCCGUCGGUCCGGAAGGUUUGGUUCGAACCAGAGCACAAAGUCUACACCUACGAUGAGAACGAGAGUGCCAGGCCGUCCGACAGCGCCGCCCUGCUGGACGAGUCGAAUCGGAGCGCCGACGGCCAAUCAGAGAGGCAGAAACCGACUCGCUGCCUGAGCGAUCCCGGUCCCAAUGAGGAUGAGGAAGGAAGCAGCUUCCGCUCGUCAUGAUGAAGCCAUCUUGGAGGAAUUUACUGCAUAUAAUCCAUAAAUAUCCAAAGAAGAAAUUCCUGACCUGGAUGCAGUUUGGUCGGCUCGCAGAUCAGAGAUGAAGCAUCUAGAAUGACCACAGGGGGGCGCUCCAUCACUCCAGAUCAUACAGCCGCUGCUCCAACCGACUGUCGGAUGCUUCAGAUACUGCUUGUAAAGUUACACUGUCAAAAAUUAGUUAGUAAAUAUUUAGUUUGGAGCUAAAUAUUUAACUCCAAGCUAACUAUCUAGCUCCCAACUAAAUAUCUAACUUGCUAACUUGUUUGAAUCUGAUAUUUGUAAAUUAAUGAAUGACAUGGUGAAAAUAAGUCUUUGAAAAAUGAACCUCCAUUUUUUCUGAUAUGGUCAAAUAACUCAGAAUAUUGCUGUUAAUUUUUGACAGUGCAACUUUCCAAACUGCACUGCAAAUGUCACUGCCUGACGGUGAGAUUACAUCACUUCCGCCCCCUGGUGGCUGGAUGUGGACCAAACUACGUCCAGUUCCUCCUGGGUAGCAAACUGUUUAUUUCUCUGUAAAUCAGUUGCAUUUUAAAGCUUGAACUAUGUGUAUCUGUCUAUCUUUUCUGCUGAUUUUGUGCAUAAAAGCAGCAUAAAUUAAGUUGACCACGUCACCUCGGACACCAAAGGCUGCUGUGCCGAUUCUUCAGUGAUCAUGUUCGACUAAUUAUGUGUUUUACAGCAAGCUUGUGCCUUAUUCAGUUGCAUUUCAUUUGUCUUAAUAUCAUGGGAUAGACUGGACAAAAACCUCAACAUAUUUUUUCAUGUAAUUAAAAGAUAAAUAUUGUAAAGGUGAACCAAACGUCUGAAUGACCUUUAAUCACCUCCUGACUCAUCAUGUUGCCUCAGGGACUCAAACGUAGCUUGUCGGAUCCCGGCUGCUGAAGGAAAACUCCGGUUUGGAGAUUCAAACAGGAUGUGAUGUUUCAUCAACUUCCUCCUAACUAAGCUUUAAAGCGUUUAAUGUCUGCCUGCAUCUUCUGUGUUACAAGCUUUUAUAUUUUGUGUUGUAGACAUCUGUCACAUGAAGAAAAACUAUAAUAAAAUAAGUUUACUGUUAA